UCUUGCAGCCUUGGUCAGAGCUGAAGCAAGCACCAGGCAGGACAGACGUGGUCCAGAGAUGUCCUCUGGAAACCGACUCCUUCUUUGGCUAUCAUGGAUGGGGGUUCUGAUAGCAGUGAGCCAUCAAGAACCAAGGUUGCUGAUGGUUUCCCCCAGCGUGGUGACAGUGGGAGCAGAUGUGCGGAUUGUGCUUCAGGUUGAAGGUGCUCCACUGGGGCUCCAUGGCUUUGUCUUCUUCCGGAAUGAACUAAAUGGGAUGAAAUGUUCUUCUGAAGUACCAUUCAGCCUUCAGUCUUCUGAGUCCAAGCAUUUUGUGCAAGACGUGACCUUGAAGGUGACCAAGGAGGAUUUUAUCAGAUGUGGUUUGAAACACCAGCGGCAAAACCACUACAUCCAACUUGUGGCCCAAAGUCCUCAGCUCAACAUCCCCAGGGGCAUUCAAACCCUCAACCUGCGUUGGAGUGCCCGAGAGGGGUACCUCUUGCUGCAGACCGACAAGCCCAUUUACACCCCACGGCAAACCAUGCAUUUCCGAAUCUUUCCUCUGGAUCACAAGUUACGGCCAAGCAAGAAUUCCGUUGUCAUCACCGUAAAGAAUCCACGGGGACUUCAGGUCAAGAAAGUCACACGCAUCGCAAUAAACUUUAUCAUAGAAGACCAUCUGUCAAUUCCGGAUGUUGCUGAGCCUGGCAUUUGGACCAUCACGGCCCAAUUUUCCCAUGCAGUGGGUUACAACACAACCACAGAGUUUGAGGUGAAAAAAUACGUGCUGCCUCAUUAUGAGGUGACAAUCAACCCAGAACAGAAAUACAUCCUGGUCACUGGACAGCAAACAUCCGACUUGCGAAUUAACAUUCAAGCUAAUUUUUUCUAUGGGAAAGGGGUCACUGGCAUAGCAUAUGUGCGAUUUGGUGUGAUUGGUGAGAACAAGGAAAAGGUGUAUAUCUCAGGACUGGAACAACAAAUCACGAUCCAGGAGGGUGAGGGCUCACUAAUCUUGAACCGCAGCCUUCUUGCUGAGAAAGUGGGGCGUCCCCUGCAGGACCUCGUUGGAACAUCCCUUUACAUCGCAGCCUCGGUCAUAGAGACAGCAACUGGAGAACUGGAAGAACAAGAACUCACCUCGGUGAAGUUUGUAUCAUCUCCUUAUUCAGUGGACCUGAGCAAAACCAAGCCUUAUUUUGUGCCCAGCGCUCCCUACGAAGUGCUGGCUCGUGUUACACUGCUGGAUGGCUCACCGGCCCUCAACCUCCCAGUCCGCUUCAGAACCCGUAUAACCGGGGCACAAUCUUCUAUGGAUGACCAGAUGGAGACAGAUGAGCAGGGAAUUGUGACCCACAGAAUCAAUGUUCCUCAAGGGUCUACCUCAAUCACUGUCAUGAUAACAGCAGGGACCCAGAGUCCAGCAGAAGCGACCCUGAGCGUCAAAGCCACCAAGUCCCCCAAGGGCAACUAUCUGAUCAUUGAAAGUCCCAAAAGUUACGGCUUGAAACUCGGAGACACCCUCUCCAUUGGAUUGAAAUACGUUGGAUCAGAUGCCUUCACCCACAUCUAUUACAUGGUUUUGAACAAAGGGGACAUCGUCUCUGCAAACAGCGUUUCCCGUGGCUCUUUUACAGUAGCCUCUAUUCACAUUACUCCUAAUCUGAUGCCGACAUUUCGUUUUGUGGCCUUUUACCACCUUGGGAAUGAAAUUGUGUCCAACUCCAUCUGGGUGGACGUUGUCGACCAAUGCGAGGGGAAGCUGGAGAUUCGCUUGGCUUCGAACAGAAACAGGCUGCAGCCCCAGACUCGCAUGUCACUCGCCAUAAACACGGAUACCGAAUCCCUCGUCUCUUUCUCUGCCACGGAUGCUGCUGUUUACGCCCUCAACCGGAAGAAUCAACUCACGCAGGGCAAGGUUUUUGAGGCCAUGGAAAGUUAUGAUCUCGGCUGUACUGCUGGCAGUGGGGAAGAUUCCUUCAGUGUCUUUGCUGACGCGGGUGUCUCAAUUCGUGUUGGUGAACUACAAAGUCCUCUCCGGAAUGCACACGGAUGCAAAGAAGAUGCUUCCCGGAAGAAGCGUUCCUUGUCAUUCCAACUUCAGAUUGAGAAGAAGGUUGCCGAAUACUGUAAGUCUGCUCAUUGUAAAUGCUGCAAGGGUGGCAUUGUGCUGCUUCGCAUUCCACGGACGUGUGAUGAACGUGCCAAAAGAAUUGAAAACGAGGAGUGCCGUGAAGCCUUCCUGGACUGCUGCCGCCACGCUGCCAAAUUACGGCGCCAGUCCUGGGGUUCCCAUGGUCUUGCAAGGGUCCAAAAUGAAGAAGAACAAGAAGAAGAUAUUUUUAACGAGGAGUUAAUCCGACUGCGAAGUUUUUUCCCCGAGAGCUGGUUCUGGAAAACGUUGUCUGUGAAUCGAAGCCAUACGGAACAUGUUAUGCUCCCUGAUUCCAUCACCACGUGGGAGAUACGAGCGGUUAGCAUAUCUCCUCAGAAAGGGAUCUGUGUUUCAGAACCUUUCCAUGUUACAGUCUUCCAAGACUUCCACGUCUCGCUCCGGCUGCCAUACUCAGUAAAACAGCUUGAACAGAUAGAGCUUCGUCCAGUUUUAUACAACUACCAAUCUCAGCCAAUCACCGUCUUAGUAUAUCUGGAGCCGGCCGAAGGCAUCUGUUCCCCAGCGACUCUUGGCCCGGCACGGAAGCAGCGGGUGGAGGUGCCAGGGAAGUCCACAAUUCCUGUGCCCUUCGUUUUGGUUCCCAUUGGGACAAGCGACAUCCCCAUCACUGUGGUUGCUGUUGGCGAGUGGGGGAUAGGGGACAAGGUUUCCAAGAAAUUACGGGUAGAGAAAGAGGGUGCCACCAGGCUGGAAGAAUAUACCGUCCCUCUUGAUAGUAAAGAUGGACACCCCAGAUUUGUGAAGAUUUCAGGUGACCUGCCAUCCAACACCAUUCCUGAUGGAGACUUCACGAUGAAUGUCCGUCUGACAGGAUCGGUUCCUGCUGAUACCAUUCAGAGUUCUCUGGACCCAGAUGGCAUCUCCUCCCUGCUGCGGGUUCCAAACGGAUGUGCAGAACAAACCAUGAUCUUGUUGGCCCCAGGAGUCUAUGCCAUGCAGUACUUGGACCAGACAGAGCAGUGGCCCCAUCUGAAACCGGAAAGCAAAGAGGUGGCCCUAGAGAACCUCCGCAAAGGCUAUGCUAGAAUCCUCACUUACCGGAAAAAUGAUGGGUCUUACGGAGCCUGGGUCCACACCGCCAGCAGUACCUGGCUAACAGCUUUCGUGGUGAAGGUUUCGUCCAUGAGUCGUCUAUACCAGGAGGUGGAUAGUGCCGCGAUCCGGGGGUCGGUGCAGUGGCUUCUGGGAAAGCAACAGAGUGAUGGGUCUUUCAUUGAUCCCCACCCUGUCUAUCACCGGGAAAUGCAGGGCGGUAUAGGUGGCCUUCAUGGGGGGCCCGCGUUGACAGCCUUUGUCACCAUUGCGCUGAAGAAGGCUUUGCCUUUGUAUGAAGCCCCAGAGAAUGACGAAGAGGCAGAAAGGCAGAAGCAGGAGCAGCUGAGCAAUCUGAGAAAUAGCUUGGAUCGUGCAGCAGCGUAUCUCGCCAGGGCCCUGAACGAUCAGUCUCUGAGGCCGUACCCUGUGACCAUCAGUAGCUACGCCCUCGCGCUCGCUUCAGAGGACCAGUCGGCCAUUACUCUUGCCAGCAGCCGCCUAAAGGAGCUUUCCUCGGAAGAUAAAAACAGCACCAUGAUAUUCUGGUUAGUGGAUGAAGACCGUAAUAAGAAGGUCCCUUCGGCUAUCUCAGUGGAGGCCACAAGCUAUGCGCUUCUCUACUUAGUGAAGCAAAACGAAGUUGCAAGAGCUAGCAAGGUUGUCAAGUGGCUGACAGAGCAGAGGAACUAUGGAGGAGGCUUCAGAUCCACCCAGGACACAGUGGUAGCUCUGGAAGCCCUUUCCGUCUACUGGAUCAGCACUUUCAAAGAAGAAGGGAAUGAACUAACGGUUUCUCUUACUGUCCCUGGAAGACACUUGCCUAUACAGCUUUCCUUUGGAAGAUCCAAUGAUCCAGUCCAGGAAGAACUACAGUUUCCUUUGGGAAAAGACAUCAGUGUAAAAGUAGAAGGGAAAGGCAAAGGAACCCUGACCGUUCUCAAGCAGUUUUAUGUCUUGGCUGUCCAGAACAACACCUGUCAAACUCUCGGGCUAGAAGUAACAGUGAGCGGCUCUGUUCACAGAAAUUCUGAAGUGGAAGACUACUAUUACGAAUAUGAAGACAAUGCUCAGCCCACAUCGCAACCUGCUAACCAGCCAUUAUCACGGAUUGAGUUAUUUGACGCCCAGCAGCGUCGCAGGAGGGAGACCAAAGACCCUGAACAGUUAAAGCACGAGGUCACUUACAAUGUCUGCUUCUGGAGACAACCAGGGGCUCGUGUUUCUGGCAUGGUCAUUGCUGACAUCAGCCUGCUGAGUGGCUUUCAGCCUGACGAGGGGGACCUUUCUCAGCUGGAAGAUGGCCCCGAACAAUAUAUCAACCACUGGGAGAUUCAAGGGCAACGGUUGCUCCUGUAUUUUGACCAGGUGCCAGACUCGGGACGUGAGUGCAUCGCUUUCAAGGCCAAACAGCUGGUAUCUGUGGGAAAACUGCAGCCAGCCAGUGCUACCAUCUACGACUUCUAUGAACCCAGUCAGCGCUGCAGCAUCUUCUACGGUGCUCCCAACAAGCCACAAUACGUGUCCGCAUUGUGCUCGGACGAUGUCUGCCAGUGUGCUGAAGGUGCCUGCCCACGUUUGAAGCAUACCCUUGAGGGAGCUAUUACAGAAGAGACCCGCAUGAACUUUGCAUGUUACAGUCCCCGCACACAUUAUGCCUUCCUUGUUCGAGUGGAGCGCGAGAGCCAAGAAAGUGCCUUCCGGGUCUAUGAAGUUAAAAUCCUGGAGCUCCUGCAGUUCACUAUGGACGUCGGAGUUGGUAUCAACCAGAUCCGUCGUUUUGUGGUUCGGGCUGCUUGCCGGACUCGCUUGGCUGCAGGCAAAGAGUAUUUGUUGAUGGGACAAGACGGUGAAACUCGCGACUCAAAUGAUCGCCCCCAGUACCUGCUGGACAAGAACUCUUGGAUAGAAGAGAUCCCAGAUCAACGGCGCUGCAAAGCCACCCAGUAUCGCAACAGUUGCAGCCACCUUCAGUCUUUCACCAGCUCCUUCGUUGCAAAUGGCUGCCACAUCUGAGCCAAGUAACCCCUCACUCCUUUGGCUACCUGGACGCACUGGGCCCUCUCUCUCUUCAAUGGAGGGAGAGACACCAUGGCAGAAAACCUCCUCUUGAUUGCUGUGUUGUGAGUUGAGUCACUUAAAAUUUUGUGAUCGGGGAUCUGAAGUCCCAAGAAGAGUCCGUCAGCAUCAAACCGAAGCAGUUUUCAACAGAAAACAGCCAGCAAGACCCUGGAAAAUUAAGUUACCUCUAAGUUGGGGGCUCUUCCGUUGAGUUUGGCUCAACGUGACAACCAUAACUUUGAAAGUGUUUCAUUCUCUCCAAAAUUAUUGUUACUACACAAUCAUUUCUGUUCUGAUGGCUGUCCAGUAUCUUUUUUUUCCUAGUCAAAGCCCUGUUUCACACCUUUCAUUGGAUUUACUAUUUUUAAUCAGAAGUGUUUUCCAUCCAAGAAUGGGAUUCCUUUCUGAACCCAAGUCCACCCUGUUAUUGGAAAAAAGUAACCAAAUCAAAUAAGGGUGUGUUAUACUUUACUGUCUCGUAGUUGGUAAAGAUGAGGAGCCCACCUCCCCGCCCCCCAGGACUUAUCAUAAUGCAUUCAAUUUUCUGCUUGGCCGGACAGACCUCUGGGUUUCACAUUCUCCUGCAUUCAAAUGUUUAUAAUCUAACUGUCUUUUCAUCUGUUUUUGGAGAAGCCUGAAUUUUGGUAAGCCCUGCUCAGAUAACAAACUGUGAACAAAAAUUCUCAGCAUUUGCAAUUUCACAAACCAAAUUUUUCAGCCAUCUCUCUGGGCAGUCCUUAUCUCUUGAUUGUCUAAGAUAGUCUUCCCCCAGAAUGAGGUACCCCUUCAGUAAUCUGCUUAGCCAUGCUGGUUAACAUUUAGGGAGUUGUAGUCCAAUGUAUCUGGAUUAUUUCUGACCAAACUAGUAUGUCUUGCCAUAAGUUGGCACUGUUUGCAUUGCUUUCUCAUGCAGUAAAAUAGUUUACUUUC